UAAGAUCCCGUCGUAAGCGUCCCUCGCGCAUUAAUCGUUUGGUGUUCGAACGUGUUGUGUGUGGUUGAUAGCAGAAGCUCCAUUACUUGCUCUAAUUAUCGACUACCCACUUUCUACAAGAACGUAAAACGAAUCCCUAGACUUCAAAAUGCGUGAAUGUAUCUCAAUCCACGUUGGCCAGGCUGGAGUCCAAAUUGGUAAUGCCUGCUGGGAAUUAUAUUGUCUGGAACAUGGUAUUCAGCCUGAUGGUCAGAUGCCAUCAGACAAGACCAUUGGAGGAGGUGAUGACAGUUUCAAUACUUUCUUCAGUGAAACCGGUGCAGGAAAACAUGUUCCCAGAGCAGUUUUCAUUGACUUAGAGCCUACAGUAGUUGACGAGGUUCGUACAGGCACUUAUCGUCAGCUCUUCCAUCCAGAACAAUUGAUCACAGGCAAAGAAGAUGCAGCAAACAAUUAUGCUCGUGGUCACUACACAAUUGGCAAAGAAAUUGUUGACCUUGUUCUAGACCGUAUUCGUAAACUCGCAGAUCAAUGUACUGGACUCCAAGGUUUUCUCAUUUUCCAUUCUUUCGGAGGUGGCACUGGCUCUGGUUUCACAUCUUUGUUGAUGGAACGUCUGUCCGUGGAUUAUGGAAAGAAGUCAAAGCUGGAAUUUGCUAUUUACCCAGCCCCGCAAGUUUCCACUGCUGUAGUCGAGCCCUAUAAUUCAAUUCUCACCACCCAUACCACUUUAGAACAUUCCGAUUGUGCAUUUAUGGUCGACAAUGAGGCUAUUUACGAUAUCUGUCGCCGAAAUUUGGACAUCGAAAGACCAACAUAUACAAAUCUCAACCGAUUAAUUGGUCAAAUUGUAUCUUCGAUCACUGCCUCGCUUCGUUUCGAUGGCGCUCUUAACGUUGAUCUGACGGAAUUCCAGACUAACUUAGUACCUUAUCCAAGAAUUCAUUUCCCACUGGUCACUUACGCCCCGGUUAUCUCUGCUGAGAAGGCGUAUCACGAACAGCUUUCCGUAGCUGAAAUCACAAAUGCUUGCUUCGAGCCGGCUAAUCAGAUGGUUAAAUGCGAUCCACGACACGGAAAGUAUAUGGCGUGCUGCAUGCUGUACAGAGGAGAUGUUGUACCUAAAGACGUUAAUGCAGCUAUUGCAACUAUCAAGACGAAACGUACUAUUCAGUUUGUCGAUUGGUGUCCAACUGGAUUCAAAGUCGGCAUUAAUUAUCAGCCACCUACCGUUGUACCAGGUGGAGAUCUUGCUAAAGUACAACGAGCUGUCUGCAUGUUGUCCAAUACUACUGCUAUCGCAGAAGCUUGGGCUCGUCUUGACCAUAAAUUCGACUUAAUGUACGCCAAGAGAGCAUUUGUACACUGGUAUGUCGGCGAGGGUAUGGAAGAAGGCGAGUUUUCUGAAGCGCGUGAAGAUCUUGCCGCUUUGGAGAAGGACUACGAGGAGGUUGGUAUGGAUUCUGCAGAGGGUGAGGGAGAGGGAGCCGAAGAAUAUUAAACUGAUCUUCGUCGAGAUUUUUCAAUGACGUACAAUUCGAAAUAAACGAAUUGAUUUGCAA